AUGGCGUUUAAGAGGCGCCAGGCUGGCUGGUUCUUGGAGAAGACGGACUUCAAAGCAGCACAGUGUUCAGAUGCCUUGCACAGUGAGCUGGCUCCGAACAAAGAGGAAGCCAACACUUUUACCUGGGUAGUGGAUAACUUUGAGGAAAAGUGCCCUCCGAAGGGGAAAACAGGCAACGUUCCGCCCGGAGCGGAAGCCCCCCACAACCCUCGACUCUGCCUGCCGACCGCACCCUGGACCGACCUCAGCCCCGCUCCCCCGCCCGGCUUCCUCCACCCAGCGGAGGCGGCGGGCCGCGCCGCCCCGGGUCCACCGCCCACCGCACGCCUGCAGCCUUCGCGCACGCCGGCUGCAGCCGGUAAUCGGCCACGUGCGCCCGGGUUCCCCGGCUCGGCCCCGGGCGCCUUCACGGUCGAGGUGGCAGCGGUGAGGGUCUCGAUCCGUGUCCUCCGCGCCCAGUCGAGAAGUCCGGACGGCGGCGGCGGCGGGAGCGAGCGGCCCGGCCCCUCCCCAGAGCGGGCAGCGCGACCGUGGGCUGCGGACACCGCCUCCGCUGCGUCUGUGGCUGCGCGUCCCGCUCGGUUCGGCCCCGCUCGGAUCCGGAACCCGCGCGCCCCGCGCGGCCGCCCCCUCCUCCUCGGCGUGGCCCGGCGGGCAGCUCCUCCCCGCGGCGAGACGCGCGUUCGAGCCUCCUUCCCCGGCUUACGGAUUCCCGAGGCAGGAGAAUUUUGCCUCGGUCCCUACGAGCAUCUCUCGGCCUCUUCCUCCCCCUCCCCGUGGGCGCGCGCGCGCACACUCACACACACACACUCACACUCGCCGGCGCGCGUGCGCACGGCCGCGCGCCCGGAGCCGCGGAAUCUCCGGCGCCGCUACUCACACGGGCUUCCAGCCGCCACUGGGCGUCCUCUGUCUGCGGCAGCGGCGGCCGAGGCGGCGGCGAGGAAGGCGGCUGCAGCCCGGCCGGGUCUCAGAGCUCGGCGCACAGGACAGAGUCCGGGGGAGAAGCGGGUAAGGAGGGCGCGGAGGCGAGAAGGAGCCGCGCCGCGCCCGCUCCUGGUGCCGCGGCCACAGGUCAGGCUCUCCGCACUUUCCUUUAAGAAAUUGGUACCCACGAGAGAGCCAGCCUGCUUUUUCUCCUGACAUCCUUCCGAAGCUUGGUCUUUCACCUGGUUCAGGUAUAUCUCUCUGCAGAGAUGUAGUCUCUGUUUCUUUCCAUGUUACUCAGCAAUGGGCAGUGGCACGAGGAGAGAGGCUGGAUGUGGAGUUUCCUUGAGCAUCAGGGACUCGAUUCUGCCCAGAAGCACAAAGCGGGCGCUGCAGAAGGCAGAGAGCUUGCUUUCUGUGCCAGGCGGGUGUUCGCUGUACUGUGCUGAGUUGGCCCUAAGUAGUGUGUGACGUUUCCCAUCUGGUUAUUAAUAAUGUUGACGUCUAUUUUAAAUCUCCCGUCGUAUCAUGACCCAGCUCUCUACUCCCUUUGUAGCAGAGAGUUAAUGGUUUUGGAGGAAGGCAUGCUACACAAUCUUUUUGCCAAAUGAUUUUAUGGUUGCCAGGUUCCCACUGGGUGCUGGGAACGCAGGAGUGGACAAAAAGUCCCAGUCCUGUUCUCCGGGGAGUCCACAGUUUACUGGAAAGAAUAUCGAGUAAAACAAAAAUCAUGGUGUAACUGAAGCUUACGAGAAGUUCUUGGAAAAGACCAGGUUUCUCUGAAAAGAUCCCGUGAAGGUGGUUAGGGAAGGCCUGUAUGAGAGAGUCAUUCAAGACCUGGAGAUGGUUGGGGUUGUCCUGGGGUGUGGUGGUGGGGAGGGACCCAUGUGUGAGCGGGGGUCCCUGGAAGAGGCAGUGUGGCUUCGGGGCAGAGUGAGGGUGGCGUGGCUGGCUGAGGCUGCUGAGGGUAGGUUGGUAGGUUGGGUCUGCUGACGCAGGACCUGCCAGGCCAAGCUGAGGACUUUGGAUUUUAGCCCAAGCACCCUGGGGCAUCACUGAAAAGGUUUUGCUUUGUUUUUCUUUUUUUUUUUUUAAUUAGGGUGAAAUUUGUACAACAUAAGCUGAACUGCGGUUUGAGAACCACUUACUGUCUUCUCAUUCUGAUGCCCUUUCAGGUUGAAGGUCGCCAGCAGUCCAUCCAAGAGGGAUGAAUCAGAACGAGACACAGGAUAGACAAACAGAUUGCCUAGCGCAUGCUUGUGACUUUGAGUGGGAGAGAUGCUUUUCCGAGAUGUGUCUUUGACUUGGUCCCGAAGGCAGAUCGGGAUGUGUAAUGUAGACAAUUCUAUGGGUGGUGUUUGUUUUUGAUUCUUUUCUCUUGAGGAGUAUUGUGCCUCUCCCAGAAUUAAUGGUUACUGACUUGUGAACAAUGGCGUUAUCAUGCAAUACAGUGUAGGUACUGUGUAGUCAUUUAUUGUGUUGUUGUUUAGUCACUAAGUUGUUUAGUCUGACUCUUUUGUGACCCCAUGGGCUGUAGCCCGCCAGGCUCCUGUGUCUAUGGGAUUCUCCUGGCAAGAAUACUGAAGUGAGUUG